AUGGACCGCCAACCACGCCUGCGCCGCGUAUCGACUGCCCCGUCUCUUCCGCUCAUCUUCGACCCGGUCAGGCGGGCGAAGGACGCGCAGGUCGCGAGGAUCGAGAAUGUCCCGCUCGAGGAGAUGGGAGCGCGAGGCCGGCGAAGGGAACGGCUCGAGAGGGUCAAGUCGAGACGGUCUGUUACGGCUGGGGGAUUGUCGAGCGUACGGAGGCCUUCGCAGGGCAGAAGGAGCGAUGUGGGCGAGGCGAUAGACUUUCAAGCGGGAGGGCAGGAGGAAGUCGAGGCGGCGCUGGGCGAGGACAGCGACUUUCGGGCGUUCAUACGGGCGACUAGUACGCCUGUACACUCCACCAUGCGACCAACCGCGCACCGCAUCGACUCCCUCGCGCGCCAGCGACCCCUCCCCCUCUCAAGUUCCUCGCUGCCACCGGCUAUCGACGCCCCCUCACCGCCAAUCUCGCCUUCUUUCGCCUCGUCCGCAUAUCCCACACGCUCAAACAUCCCCUCGACAGACGAAGAAGACGACUCGCCUUCGUCUUUCUGGUCGCCGGAACACCAGACCGCGCGACACAUCGCCCAAUUCGGCGCAGGCGGCGUCUCCUGCUUCUUGUCCAGGCACGCUUCGUCAACAUCUUCUCAGCUCCCCGUCCGCCGACCAAGGCGGAUCUCGUACGACGUCCCGGACGAUGGCGAAGCCUGGACGCUCGCGCAGGGAAUCGUCGACGAGACUUGGACGGCGUCUCGACUCGCGUUGCAGACCUCGUUAGCGCAGGCGCCAUAUGGUCAGUCGGAUGCGUGGAGGGCGGAAGGAUCGGACCUGUUCGCGAGACGAAAGGAGGCGGCGGCGAAAAGGUUGGAGAUGGUCGCUCAGCAACUCGCGUGGGCUUGA